UUGUUACGUUUUUAAAAAUGGCGGCGCCCUGUGUCGGGUUUUGUACAACCUGUAGUUGACAUCGUUCAAAUGUCAUGUGUUUUAACGUAACGCGGGUUAGUUUUUGUGUGGCAGCGAGCGCGAUGUGUUGACUCGUUUUUUUUUAAACGCGACGUCCCGUUGAGGUGUUUCAAAGGUCGAGGAGGAAAAGGAAAUCAAACAUGUUUUCAGCUUCGUGGUCGCGCCUGUCCCGUUUGUCUGCGUCGACCACCCGAGGAGGAGGAGGAGGAGGACGGAGAAGUCUGAGUUUGUUCUCCAGCUCCGAGUCCUCCAGCUGGAGCAAGGUGGUGUCGGAUGCGGAGAAGAUCGUGGGUUAUCCGACCUCCUUUAUGAGUCUGCGGUGUCUGCUCAGUGACGAGCUCAGCAAUGUGGCCAUGCACGUCCGCAAGCUGGCCGGGACCCAGCAUCCCUUACUCAACACUGCCAGAGGCUUCGUCUCCGACAACAGGAACAACCUCCAGAUGAGAGGACUGAUCGUCCUGCUUCUGUCCAAAACCGCCGGGCCGAGCAGCGCCGCCUUCGACCUGCCCACUCAGGACGUGGUCAGCGGCAUCUACCCCAGUCAGAGGAACUUGGCAGAAAUCACAGAGCUGAUCCACACGGCGUUCCUGGUGCAUCGUGGGAUUGUGAACCUGAAGGAGUGGACGGUUUCCGACGGCCCGCUGAAGGACAUGGAGUUUGGGAACAAGAUGGCCGUCUUGAGCGGCGACUUCCUGUUGGCCAACGCCUGCACAGGGCUGGCCCAGCUCAACGACACGAAGGUGGUUGAGCUGAUCUCCAGCGCCAUCGGGGAUUUAGUUCAAGGAAUUUAUUAUGAGAAUUCCUUCAACGCUGAGGACGGUCUCACCGACGGCGUCGACGUGGUGUCGUGGGAGGAGCAGACGUUCCUGUCCCACGGAUCGCUGCUGGCCAAGAGCUGUCAGUCCGCCAUGCAGCUGGCCCAACACGACAAAGAGGCCCAAAGGCUGGCCUACCUGUACGGAAAGCACCUGUCGCUGGGCCACAAGCUGAACUCUGACUUGCAGCCGUUCGUGAAGAACGGGUCGGGAGAGUCGGCGUUGUUCAGUUUGAGCGCCGCCCCCGUGGUUUUCCACCGUCAGAUUGUCGGCACAGAGAAAUGGAACCAGCAGCUCCAGCAGGCUAAAACUUGGAGAAACAAGUUGGAUUACUCCAAGCUCCUGGCGGCGGUGAAGUCGGAGAAAGGCGUGAGCUCGGCCGUGGACUUGUGCUGUUACCAUAGCAACAGGGCUCUGGAGGCCAUCCAGGCUUUCCCCUCCUCGGAGGCUCGCUCCGCCUUGGAGAACAUCGCCUUCGCCGUCACCAAAUUUUGACCUGAACGCACACACAUCAAAACGGAGACGCGUGUGUGUCUGCAGGAGCUUCAGGAGGAGAAAUAAAGACCCGAACACUGGAAUCAUCAAAUAUAAAAAACAAACCACUCUGCUCGAGCACGCUGCCAAAUAUUUAGUUGUUUUUUGUCGGCACCAGACGCAGAACAUCGUUUAGGAUGCGCUUCGAGCUUUAAUACGUCAUGAAGAACCGCUCGCUCCUGCAAACUGGAGCGUCGUGGAGGUUCGACAAGUGGAAAAGGUUCACCAAAAAAAAAGGUCCUGCAGAAACUCACGCGAAUGAGGAAUGUGUGUGUGUGUGUGUGUGUGUGUGUGGUUCAGGGGCGUGGAAAGGUCACCUCAGCCUCUCCCCUCGGCCCCAUCCAAGCGAGCACAUCGAAGCUCCGCCAGAGCAGUAAUUAUUAAUGAAGAGACCUGAGCAAAUGGACAGGAAAUGCAGAGGUAUUGAUUGGGCCGGCUGCCCUGCUCCGAGCCGCGCAGCCUGGCGCCAGCCCGGUGGGCCUGUGGUUUCCCAGGCUGCUGUCUGCGGAGGGGGGUGGGGUGGGCGCGCCGCAGCAAAAGGUGUGAAACCGCCGCCCCGUCAACGCGUCCCCCAGGUGCACCUGAAGGACGGAGACGGACGUCGGGWCGCAGAAUGUCAAACGAGAGUCGGUACAAAAAUAAAAACAAUAAAGGUGCUUCAUCCUCGUUUUGUAAAAUUCAACCUGUUUUUUUUUUUUUUAUUAUCAAAUGAGUUUUAAGACCUGAUUAAAGAUCUAAUCCAUCCCUGAA